CUUGUUGGAACUCUCCUCAUACGAAAAAAAUCCGCGAAUCAUCGAGACUGUAAACUGGACUGACUGGAAAUACAGGCCCUAAAUCAAGAAUAUAAACCAGUGAUCAUGUUGAGAGAAGCAGGUUAUGAUGAUGACACAGAAGAUGAGGAUGAAGAGGAAAAUUGGCAGGACACAUCAUGGGGAUGUACAGACACGCAAUCCAGUGAAUCCACCAACAAGUCUCGGUCUCAUUUGAAGGACAAAUGUGUGAAUCCUGUCACUAAGCCUUCCAGCAGUGUAAUGUUACCUACAGGCACCAGUCCCGCAGUAGUGGACCAAGGUCUAAUGAGCCGGAUGCUUCUCAAUGAUAACAAGGCUGGCAUGGAAGGCCUUGAUAAAGACAGAAUUAACCAGGUUAUAUUGGAGGCUUCCAAAGGUUCCAAGUAUUUUGAGAAUGAAAAAAAGAAGGAAGAACAGGUGAACAAAAAGAUAGAAGAACAGAUGGCAAAGCUGAAAAAGAUUAGUGAUGUUGAACUACGGCAGGGAUUGACUGAGGCUGACCGGCUAUUAGAGGAACUGGAAGGUCAGCGAGACCUGAGUCGGGUCAUUGUACACAUAGACAUGGACGCUUUCUAUGCAGCUGUUGAGAUGAGAGAGGACCCGACACUCAAGGACAAACCUAUGGCUGUCGGGGGCUACUCUAUGCUGUCUACCUCCAACUACCUGGCCCGUAAGUUUGGUGUGCGCGCGGCCAUGCCAGGCUUCAUUGGUAAAAAGCUGUGCCCAGACCUGAUUAUGGUCAAGCCAAACUUUGAAAAGUACACAGCUGUCAGUAGAGAAAUACGAUUAGUCAUGUCGGAUUACGACCCUAACUACUGUCCAAUGAGUUUAGACGAGGCUUAUCUAGACAUCACUGAUCACCUCGACAAAAGGAUUCAUUCUUCAGAAGUUGAUCGAACGUUUCUCUGUCGUAAGUCUGACAGUAAGGACGGUAACUGUAAUUGUGAUCUCAACACUGCCGCAAGGGACGCUGUGUUAACAGCAAGGCUGGGUUGCCAUCAGAAAAACUCUGAAUUAUCGUCCAUGGGAGAAAAUACUCGAGGGGCUGGCUCUGUUCCAACAGAACCUGAUGGGAAUAAGUCGGAUGAACGGUUGCCCCAUAACUACAGUGAGGUCACUUUGGCCAGUAGAGAUCUAACUGGAGGACCAUGUCCAAUAUGUGGGAAGCCUUUCCCUCCAUAUGAUGUUGUGACCUUCGGCUUCUCUGCAGAAGAUUCAGUCAAAGAAAUGAGGUCAAGGAUUGAACAGAAAACUAAGCUAACAGCAAGUGCAGGUAUUGCUUCAAAUAUGAUGCUGGCUAAAGUCUGUUCGGACAAGAAGAAGCCGAACGGUCAGUACAGGAUAGUCGCCACAAGGGACGCUGUGAUGGGUUUCAUCACAGAUUUACCCAUACGAAAGAUCAGCGGCAUCGGCAAGGUGAGUGAGAAGAUGCUGAAUGCAUUGAACAUCCACACUUGCUGUGACCUUUACAACCAGAGGGCACUGCUGUACCACCUAUACUCUCCGAUCUCAUUCAACUAUUUCAUGAGGAUCUGUAUGGGGAUCGGCUCUGUCAAUGUGGAAAGGGACAGUGACCGGAAAAGUAUGAGUACUGAGAGAACUUUUCAUGAAAUCAGUAAGCCAGAGGAGUUGCUGAAGAAAUGUCAGGAGCUUUGUGUGUCUCUGUGUGAGGACCUCAGGGAAGAAAAACUCCAGGGUAAGACAGUGGCCAUUAAGUUGAAGACAGUUAAGUAUGAAGUGAAGACUCGUGCUCAAACACUUCCAGACUACACCUCAGACCUAGAAGUGGUGUUCUCAGCAGCCCAGGGACUCCUACAGACAGAAAUACACAGUGUGGCACCCCACCCACUCCGACUCCGCCUCAUGGGAGUUAGAAUGUCUUCCCUCCUUAAUGAAGAUAUGUGUCGAAAGAAACAGAAUAACACACUGACACGAUUUGUCAAACAACUUGGAAGUACUGGCUCAGAGGAGGAAAGAUCUA